GCUUCAAGAUGGCUGCGGGGAUGUAUUUGGAACAUUAUCUGGACAGUAUUGAAAAUCUCCCCUUCGAACUGCAGAGAAAUUUUCAGCUCAUGAGGGACCUGGACCAAAGAACAGAGGGAGAGCAGUGAGGAUCUACAUUUCUAGAUCAGCGUUUCCAUAAUAGAGUUUGCAACAAUGCCUCAAGAACUCAAAGAUGCUCUGUUCUUUAUAUCUGCAAGAAGAAUUCAAAAAGAAGUCAACUCUAGAAUCGUUUCUGUUCUCUGUAUUCAAUAUAUCUAUAGGAAGACUAGGAUGUUUCUACUCUGCUGGAUUGUUAACGUUGUAUCACACAAUUCAGUGUGGCUAUAGACCGCAAGUCAUGUUGGUAGAGAAGUUCUUAAAAAGGAAAAAAAGAGAGAGAGAAAGAAGAAAAAAAGAAGAAAGAGCAGCAAUUAACAACAGGAUCUCUACACUGUAUUCUUCAACCUUACAGAAGCACUAGAUACCAUCUGUGGCCUUCCUUGGAUGUUGAGCAAAUCUGGCUGCAUUGAGGCAUUCACUUGGAGCCUGAGGCUACACUACAGUGGUCCGAUUGGUCUCUUCAAGGGCAAAGAUGUCGUCUAUUGGAGCCAUGCCCCAUACUGGCUGAAGGAUAUAUAGGUCUUACCUUCCAUCCUUAUGUAGCCAUGCUCAAGGAUGUGACAAGCUGGUGUUAGAAUACCUAAAGCUGUGAUUUCAGUUACUCUGGACCUGAAGGCUGAAAUUGACAAGUUGGCCACUGAGUAUAUGAGUAGCGCCCGCAGCCUGAGCUCCGAGGAAAAAUUGGCCCUUCUCAAACAGAUCCAGGAAGCCUAUGGCAAGUGCAAGGAAUUUGGUGACGACAAGGUGCAGCUUGCCAUGCAGACCUAUGAGAUGGUGGACAAACACAUUCGGCGACUGGACACAGACCUGGCCCGUUUUGAGGCUGAUUUGAAGGAGAAGCAGAUUGAGUCCAGUGACUAUGACAGCUCUUCCAGCAAAGGCAAAAAGAAAGGCCGGACUCAAAAGGAGAAGAAAGCUGCCCGUGCUCGUUCCAAAGGGAAAAACUCAGAUGAAGAAGCUCCCAAAGCUGCCCAAAAGAAGUUGAAACUUGUGCGCACAAGUCCUGAGUAUGGGAUGCCCUCAGUGACCUUUGGCAGUGUCCACCCCUCUGAUGUGUUGGAUAUGCCUGUGGAUCCCAACGAACCCACCUAUUGCCUUUGUCACCAGGUCUCCUAUGGAGAGAUGAUUGGCUGUGACAACCCUGAUUGUUCCAUCGAGUGGUUCCACUUUGCCUGUGUGGGGCUGACGACCAAGCCUCGGGGGAAGUGGUUCUGCCCACGCUGCUCCCAGGAACGCAAGAAGAAAUAGAUAGGGGCCUUGGAUUCCCAUGGUUUCUUCCACAUCCCUGGACCUGGGCUAGUGGGGAGAGGAAAGCCUGUGCUGGGGCCCGGGGGCUCCGGGAGAGUGGAUGGCGCAGUGUAGUCAUCCCUUCUCCUCCCCUCUCCCCACUCCUGGUGCUGAGGCUGCAUCCAAACCCUGGUAGGGAGGGGUGCCGCAGCCGCUAACCGUCUGUGCUCUCAUUCAGCCUGCCCCCCUCAGAGGGAAGUGGUCUUGCCCACUGUCCUUUUGCCUCUGUGCUGAGGUUGGUGCUGUAUUUCCAAGGGAUGGUCCUCUUCAGUCCCCUUACUUUGUAUUUAAGGACUGGGGCAGUAGCAUGGGGGCACUCCCCAGCUCUCCUGAUUCCCUCCCCCUGUGGGGGGGCUCUGGUGUGAUAAACUCUCUUUGUUCUCUUCCUGCUUUUUCCACGGUAGGGGAUCCCCCAGAGCAUCUGGGCUGUGGCCUUAGUUGAAGGGGCACCCCUUCCUCUGUGCCAAGAGGAUUCAUCCUGGCCUUGUGAGUGGGAGAGGGGGCAAGGUGGAAUGCACAUACACAUGUGUAAAGGAAUUUGAGUAGGUGAAUAAAAGCUAUCCAUGUUGGC